AUGGGGGUAAAGCUGUAUCUGAAUGAGUUGCUUUGUUUGGGGCCAAACCGCUCUCGAUCAUCCAGCGUAUUUUACGCCAUACCUAUGGUAUCAGACUAUGCUAAACCAGCCGAAAAGUUUGAGAAAGACCCCAAAUCCGAGCAGGAUAAAUUCCGUGUAUAUAUCCCCAAAGCCUUGUGCGCAUAUGAUGACGAUGUCCUAAUACAAGAGUUUCCUGCUGCCGAAAAGAUUGAUCUAGUGGAUAUUCUCAAUACUAAAUUUAAGCUUUAUAAUAGAGACAAUGAAAAGAAGUAUUUCUCAAAAGUGGCUACAUCUACAAAAUGCUCUAUAUAG